CACACAGAGAGAGAGAGAGAGAGAGAGAGAGAUGCUGCACCUGUGCAUGAUUACCUGAGGAGAAGGAGAAUAAAAUAGAGGAGGUUAAGAGUUUGUAAGCAUGGCGGGACAGUUUCACAUCUGAUCUUCUUUAGUCAACAACAAGGUCAGUCCUCCCCCUCUCUACUGGUGCCAUGGCGGAUCAAAGCUGGUGGAAGCUGACCUUCUCCCGCAAGAAGAAGUCUGAAUCCAAGGUCCUGUACGAGAUCCCAGCAGAGUAUGGCAGCAAUACGGGGAACAAAGAGCACUCGAGCGGUACCCCCCCCACAGACCACAUGGACAGCCAGUUCAAUGCUAGGCUGGAGAAGAUCGUGGACAAGUCUGCCACCAAGGGCCGCCACGUCAAGGUGUCCCACUCCGGACGCUUCAAGGAGAAGAAGAAGGUCCGUUCCACGCUGGCAGAGAACCCCAGCCUGUUCUCCGAGCACAGCCUCAGUGACGAGAACCACAAAAAGAAGACUGACCAAUGAAAAGCACACCUGAUUGCAAAUGUGUGAUACAUGAGUGCUGCACUUAUAAAUGCUGAAAUGAACGAUACAACAUACACAAGCACAACCAUGUGGUGCUACUGUACAUGUGCUAAACUGGAUCAACACAAGGCCCCACACCCAUAGAUACUGUAACCAAUGGACUCCCACCAAUACAAACAGCUGGUAUCAGCACACAGGAGACGUUUUUAUUACGCCUCAUAUUCUCCCUUUCUGUUAUUUAUCUACAGUCUGCCUCACCUCAUGCAAACAUCCCUUUGAAUUACUUUAUUGUACAUUUAUUUGUAUUAUUAAGGAUUGCUGGAAUUAAAACCUCCUUUAUUAUGUCUUACACAAUCAAAAGAACAUUUUUAUUACGUUUUCAUGACCGAAGUAAAUGGGAGACUUGAUUUUGAUGUUGGAUAUAUUGUGAUAAAUAAUCAUUUGAAAUGAAAGCUGUUUAUGUAAUGUUUUUCUAAAAUUCUAAAGCAAAAAAAGAGAUUUGUUUUUAAUAAAAUGACAAGAUGAGUUAAUAUAGAAAGAGUGUGUUGUAUUUGUGCAGACAAUCAUUUGAUCGAGUAUUGUCAAUGAAUGAUUUAAACAACUUAAUCUUGGUUUCAGGUUACAGUAUUUUUAUCCACCUGAGCGUGUGUGUGCUGGAUAGUUUUGUUGUCAUGGUGACGGUAAGAAGACACUGACAUUUGAUACGCAGUGCUGUGCUCUUGGCUUUUAUUAAGUCAGUGAUGACUAACGCUGGUCAUUCAAGAAAAGAAAAUCCCCUGAUCAGCUGGUUUUGCUUAAAGGCCAACUUGCAGGUUGAUUUUUGUUAUACUUAAUUUAUAUUGAACCUUUCCAGAAAAGGACCAUUUGAAAAGUUGCCUCAGGAUUGUAUGUUUGACUGUGAGACUAUAAAUGAUUGUGUUUUGUUGUGUGUUGGUGCUGCCAUCUGCUGGCCACACAUGCACUCAGGCCUCAGUUACAAAUUAAACUUUAUUUCUGGCUUUUCA